UGUUUUAUAUGAUCAUGUUGUCCGUGAAUGUCUACCUUAUUUUAACUUUUCAUCUCUAACCUGAGGGACUGCAAGUAAACAAUAAUCAACAAAACAGUAGUAUAAAAACACUAUAUAUUAAUUAUCAUUGUCAGUUAAAUAUAUAGUUAAAUUCAUAAUGGAUGUAUUUCUAAUGAUUCGGCGAAAAAAUAUGACGAUAUUUACUGAUGCCAAAGAUAAUACGACAGUUCUUGAACUUAAAAAAAUUAUAGAAGGUAUAUUAAAAAUACCACCUGUGAAUCAACAGCUGUUCAACAAGGACAAUGUUCUAAUGUCAGAUAGUAAAUUUUUAUCUGAUUAUGGAUUAACAUCGGCAACUGCAAAACCACAAUGCCCUGCAUUAGUAGGAUUAGCUGUACGUCAAGAAAAUGGUCAAUUUGAACCUUUAGAGAUGACACCAUUCUCAUUACCACCUGAUUUACCAGAUGUCAUGAAAUCUCAAGAAGCUAACGGACAGGAACAAUCACCUUGAAACAUCAUGAAACAACUGAUGAUAAAGUGUUGACUUCAAUACAAUUUUAUAAUUGUCAAAUAUUUCCAAAAAGGCUAACAGCUUAAACAAAUAUGAUGUGAAUAUUAACAACUUUAUACAAAUGUUAAAAGUAUUUUGAGGCUUUUUAACUUUAUUAGGUGAGAUUAUUAUUAAUUUUUUAGACUACUGUUAAUUGGGUUUUGUUGUUUUCUUGUAAGCAAUAAUCAGGUACUGCGUGAAUAUUUGACUGAAAAAAAUAAUAAAAAGUAAAAUUUAUAAUUCAGUACUCUAUUUGAAUUUAUUGUAAUCGUUUUUACAAGUACAAAAAUAUUUCAACACUUUGUUACUAUUGUCAAAACAGACCAAAUACCUCACUCAUAUGUAAUUUAUAAUUGUAGAUUGUAUUUUAUUUCACAACAUUUUAUGUUUCCAGUUAAAUUAAGUUUUAUUUGAAUACAUCUUUUUAGUUUAUAAAGUAAUUUUUUUAUUAAGUUUGAAAUAUAAAAUGCCUCAAAUUUUGUAAAAUAUAUAUAGCAAUGUCACUUAUUGCUUAAAAUGCAAAAUUAAAAAAUAUUGAUUGUAAAAACUUCGAAUAUUAGGUUUUACAGUUACAAAAUAGAAAUUUGAAAAUGUGAUAAUUAUAAAUAGUGUACGUAAUUUUAACAAAUUGAUUACAUUUGAUACAUUACAUCAAGUAAAUAAUCAUUUUGGUAUAAAAUACAAUACUUCUAUCAAUUAUAUUUUACUAUACCAUAACACCUUGUUAACUUUAUUUACGUGUAUUCGUUAAUUUAUUUAUUUGAAAAAUUGCAUGUAUAUUUAUUAUAUAGAAUUAUGAAUUUAAAAAAUUAUAUGCAGUUUUAUGCAAUAUAUGAAUACAUUGAAUGUAUUCAUAUAACAUUUAACAUAUGAAAUACUCGCAAAUAUAUUGCAGUAUUAAAAAAUUACUUAAUGCAUUAAGUAGGUCUAAAUUGCUUAAACUAACAAUAUUUUUAAAAAAAUUAAGAUGUCACUAUAGUGCAAUAAGUUAAUUUAAUUACUUAUUUACAUACAUUCAUCAUAGAAUGUUCAAUACUGUAGGUAUUACUAAGAGGAUUUGAACAAAAUGCUAACAUUUCUAGAUCAUUACUGCAAUGGUAGACUAUAUAAAUCUACAUAUCUUGAAAUUAAAAAUAAUGAGUAAUCAAGCAUAUAAACCAAGGCAGUUGAUAUCUACUUGAGCAUUUAACUUGCUAUACAUAAAAUAUAUACAUAACAUAAACAUAAAAUUUGUACGAAAGUAUGCAUGAAUAAUUAAGCUAAGCAAUUAACAUAUUCUAUUCUAUUAAAGUGAGGCACUAUUUAAUACAUUUUUAAUACACAUGUAAUUUAAGUUUUCAAAUACUGAACAUUUAAAAUUAGUGGUGGCUUUUAUAAAACAAUUAAACUUUUAAUCAUAUAAUGAUUAAUGUAAAACAGUAAAUAAUUAUGUAUUAUUUUAUAAAAUCAUCUUGAUUUGUGUUCUUGCUCUCUUAUUUUGAUUACCAUAUACAAGUUUAAAUAUAAAAUGUUACUGAAUCUCAUCUCUAGUGCAUAUUGUACAAUGUUUACUUAUUAUUGAUUUAAAUAAAUUUACUAAUAUCGCUCAAUGGUA